AGAAGUGUUUGAUUUAGAGUGAGGGUGAGGUUGGCUAGUCAUGGUGAAAGGUGGGUCAGGAAAGAAGACGCCGAACGCCAAGAAAGUGGCGAAAAUGGUUGAGGAAAAGACAUUUGGGAUGAAGAACAAGAAGGGCAAGAAGAAUCAGAAGAUAAUUCAGCAGAUGACGUCAGCGCUAACUGGAAAUCAGCGAAAAAAUGCAGCAGCGAAGCCAGUAUCGAAGAAGCAGGCGAGGCAGGCCCACGAGGAGGAAUUGAGGGCGCUCGGAUUGUUCAACGUGGUGCAGAAGAAGGAAAAGGUGCAUGCUCCCGGAGGUGCAGGGCCUUCGGAUUCAGGAGAAGUCCAGGCGGCGGCGGUGGAAUUGAACAAAGUGGAGAUUUCCGACAACUCAGAAAGGACGUUGGAGGACGUGAUUGAAGACAUGCGCCGAAACUUGGGGCCCAAUUUGACGCCGGUGACUCCGGAGACGUUCAAGUUAUGGAAGGACAAGAAGAAGAGGGAGAAGCAGGAGCGAAAUUUGAGCAAGAGUUCGAAGAGGGAGCGAGACAUUUUGGUGGGGAAGGUAGCUAUGACCGGGAGGGAGUUAUAUGAUAGGAAGAAGGUUGAGUUUGUGGAUGACGAGAAGGCCUAUGAGAUGAUUAAGGAGAAGGAGGAUUGGACAGCUGGAUUGGAGCAGCAGAUGAGAUUGAAUGCGGAGGCCAGAGGGGUACCAUUUGACGUGAAUGAGUACGAAUUGGAGAAGCAGAGGAUUAUGAAGUUGAUACAGGAACACGAAAAAGUGGGGGAUGAGAGUUUGUUCAAUGAAGAGGGCUUGGUCGGGAUUUGA